UAAGGUAUCCUGUUUCCAGUUCUGAAAUACGUCUGCGCCCCACCUAUCCCGGCAUCAGACCUUAUGGGCUGCUUUCCCAAGCACCCGGGCUUCCGCCGCUGUAUGCGGACUACAUCCCCACGUGUCCGUGCACCGGCAGCGAGCUCGCGUCUCCCGCGCGACUGCUGAGUCCAACUACGGAGGCGGAGGGGGCGGGCUUAAGACAACACCCCACCCAGGGGCGUGAGCCGAUGGCGGACCCCCUCCGGCUCUGCCUGGCCCCACCCCCAGCCAUGUCCUCGGGCGUUUGAGGCCGCGGAGAUUGACGUGAAUCCGCGCGCCUUCGUCUGAGCGUGCGCGCGCCCGAGUGCGUGCGUCACCAGUGUCGGCUCCCGAGGGCUGGGCAGCCGGCUGCCGGUGUUGCGGAACAGGAACGGCGGCGGCGAGAAGAAGAUUGAACAGAAGUCGACCGUGUGGGGAGUUGGCGUGACCCAGCUGGAUGUGACCACCAGGACAGAAUGGUGCUGGACUCAGGGGCUCAGGUGUAUGAGCAGGCACCCCCCAGCCCGCCAUCCAGUCCCUCAUCCUUGGGCCAUAGGCUGAGGCCCUCAGACCGAGAUGGGACAGCACCGUACCCCUGGCCUCGGUCCCUGGCCUUGCCCCUGGCUCUCUCAGUCCGCUCAGCCCUGCGGCCCCGGCCUGAGCUGCAGCCCUUCUCAGAGCUGCACUUGGGCCACCGUGGCCACAUGCGUCGCAGUGAGAGCACCUACACUGUAAACAGUAUUGGCUGGCGGGGGGGCAGCACCCAGGGUCGGGCACCACCUGGACGGGGACGGGACCCAGGUGGGGGCACCCUGCGGCCUGCGGCCUCCCUGCCUCACAUUGCUAAGACUCGAAAGGAUGCAGGCCGUGGUGCCAGCAAGAGCCCCUGCAUGUUGGUGGCUCUGCGGCCAACCAACAUGGACCGUGAGCGGGACAAGUUCUUCCAGUCCCAUUACACCUACAACCCACAGUUCGAGUACCAGGAGCCCAUGCCUACGGCCGUGCUGGAGAAGUACUGUGAGGCCUCUGGACAGUUCCUCCGUCAGGCACUUGGCAUCAUUGAGGCUGUCCUAGAGAAGUUUGGUACCUAUGAACACUUUGAGGCUGCGACUGGGGGCCAGCUGCUGACCAAGUGCCAGAUCUGGUCCAUUGUGCGCAAAUACAUGCAGAAGGAGGGCUGCGCUGGGGAGGUUGUGGUGCAGCUGAGUGAGGACCUGCUGUCCCAGGCAGUGAUGAUGGUGGAGAACAGCCGACCAACAUUGGCCAUCAACCUGACUGGAGCCCGCCAGUAUUGGUUGGAGGGCAUGCUGCGGCACGAGAUAGGUACCCACUACCUGCGGGGCGUGAACAACGCGCGGCAGCCGUGGCACAGCGCCGAGGGCCGGCUGCAGUAUGGGCUGCGGCCAGCGAACCCCACCGAGGAGGGCCUGGCCAGCCUGCACAGUGUGCUGUUCCGCAAGCAGCCCUUCCUGUGGCGCGCCGCGUUGCUCUACUACACCAUCCACCGCGCCGCGCACAUGUCCUUCCGCCAGCUGUUCCAGGACCUGGCGCGCUACGUGCAGGAUGCCGAUGUGCGCUGGGAGUACUGCGUGCGCGCCAAGCGCGGCCAGACUGACACCUCACUGCCCGGCUGCUUCAGCAAGGAUCAGGUGUACCUGGAUGGCAUUGUGCGCAUUCUGCGGCAUCGCCAGACCAUCGAUUUCCCGCUGCUGACCUCGCUGGGCAAGGUGUCCUAUGAGGAUGUAGAUCACCUUCGGCCCCAUGGGGUGCUGGACAACACCCGGGUGCCCCACUUCAUGCAGGACUUAGCACGCUACCGGCAGCAGCUGGAGCACAUCAUGACCACCAACCGGCUGGAUGAGGCAGAGCUGGGCCGCCUGCUGCCUGAUGACUGAUACUGGUUGAGGGCUACAGGCAGAGGCCCUGGAAAGAGGGCUCCAGAUCAGCCCCCAGAACAUGAAGCUGGCUGCUCUGUGCUUCCACAGCCUGCGUGUUUCUUGGGGAAUGGGGAGGGCAGAAGCAUUUCAGGAGGGAGGAGAGGCAAAAGCAGAGAGUUUGUGUCCCUUGCUAGCCUCCCUGGACCCUGAAGGCCAACAGCAGCAUGUCAGGCAAACUAAAUCUGCCCUCCUGUCUCCAGCUGCCUUUUGAGCCGAGGAAAAGCCUGGGGGCAGAAGGGAAGCUGAGAAUGGAUGGGGAUGGGGGGUGGCUUGGGAGUAGAAACUUGUUCUUGCAUGAGAUGGCUUUGGGAGUCUGCAUACUCCAGUCUUUUCCUCCCCCACCUGGCCCCUUGGUGCUCCUUCAGCUUUCAUGCUGUCUACCUCUCACUGGGUCCUGGUGGGGAUCUCCCUUCUUCUGGGGUGACUGCCUGAGCCUGAGGUCCUGGCUUUCACACAGACUCAAGGAGCAGGGAUCCUGGUAGUAGAGACCCAGCUGGGCUGGGGUGUGCUUUCCAACAUUUUGCCUCUCCCACUGUCAUGUAUUUAUUCCUUAUUUAUGUGCUCUACUUACUGGGGCUGGGACGCAGCAGCUUCUGAAGGUUCAGUGGAGGGAACAGGGCUCCUCUGGAAGGCACCGAUUGUUCCUAGCUACACACACACACACACACACACACACACACACACACACACACCUGCACUGGCCCCUACUGUCCCUGUCUUUGCCCACACCCUCACAGCUGGUCUCUGGCAGAGGUUGGCAUAGCCUGGCAGCAGCCACAAUCAAGCCUGAGGGGCAGGCCCCUCGUUGUUCCUAGUUCUGAGCCCCUCCUAGACCAGGAGAGGUGCCAAGAUGAUUGUUGCUUCCAGUUUCACCUCAGACUCGGCUGUGUGAGGUUGACCCUGUCCUACUCCCUCCCUUGGCCUUAGUUUUCCCAUCUGAAAACUUGGAAACACAGCUGGAAAGUCCUUAUUCAUUUAGUCAGUGAAUAUGUAUAGAGCGUCUUCUGUGUACCAGUUAACUGGUCACAACCCUCACUGAGCUCCCAGUCCUGAGAGAAG